AUGGCGAGCUGGUGGACGACUGAGGACAUGUUGGACAGUCUGGACCUGGAGGAAAACUCCAUCGUGACGAGGGUCAUUCAGGCCGUCGGCCUGUUCGGAGAUAUUCUGUCGUUAGAGGACACGAUGGAGCCGAUGUUCUCUGAAGGAAAAAGAGAGGAGGAGGCUGAAAACACCGGAGGGAACGAAUCAGCCGCGGAGAGACGAGAAGCAGGAGACAGAAAGGUAGAAGAAGAAACGACGGAGGAGGACGGAAAACAAGAGGACGAGGAGCUGCAACAAGGAGAAGACGAAGACGAAGUGCAGACAGAAGAAAAGAUGGAGGACAACGAAGAAAAGGAGGGACAGAAAGACAAUCAAAAACAGACUGAUGGAGAAGAAGAUGAAGAGAAACAAGAAGAAGGAGAAGAAGAAGAAGCGGAGGCCUUGGCAGACAGAGAAGAACAUGCAGAAGAAGAAAGGUGUGGACCAAACGAGGAGCUGCUAAAUCAUCUCAUCCGGUCAGAUUCCCAGAGAUCAGCUCCUUCGUCAGGUCUGCAGGAGUCUGAACUGUGCGGAGCGCCGAGUCACGACGAGGCAGAAACAGGAAGCGAAGACUCGCACGCUGCCGACAAACACAACGAGGACGUUUCUCUCACAUCACCGAGCAGCGACAAAGAGCCGGAGGCAGCUUCAACCUGGACUGCUGCUCCGGCAGACACAGAGCUGCAGACUGUGGACGCUCGGCUCCCUCUGAGGGAUCACACACAGGUGGAGACCUCGCUGACAUCACUUCCUGCUCCAGGUGAGGACAACAUCCACGAUAUCACAGCUGAUCUACAGACAGAUCUACAAGCCUCAGGUUGCAGGUCGGAGGAGAAAGAGACGUUGAUGGAUGAAGCUGCGCAGUCGCCGUUAAGGGCCGGACCAGAGAGCGACGAGCCUGGUCCGACCCAGAACUCAACCAGCGAAGCGAACGAGGACGAAGGAGGCAAAGAGGAGGGAAGUGAAAACGCUCACGCGAUGAACGGCAAGGCGGAGGCUGCGGGCGACAAGAAGAAGGACGGCAGUCAGUCAUCCAAGUACAAAAGUGUGUCCUACAGGAAGAUCCGCAGAGGAAACACCAGGCUGAGGAUUGACGAGUUUGAGUCCAUGAUGAACUCGUGAUUAAGCACAAAAUAGCAAAUUGAGUAGCCUGCAGAUCACAUUAACAUGGUAACACAAAGAGAAACGUAGUGGAACCAGGACAGAGCCUUGUGGGACGCCAUACGUCAUGAUGAGUCUCGAUGUAUCUUCUAGAAAAUAAACACAAUGAUACUCUUUUCUAGUUCAUUUAACUUCACGGGCUGAUAAUCACCUUUGUGUGUAUAUUUAUUAUUGAAUUUCAUGAUAUUAAAGGAGUCUCAUGCAGA